CAGCACAGCAGAGCUCUGUGCCGGUGACUCUGGUUUGCCAGCUCCACUUUGCACAGGGACUCCAUUUGUUAAAAUAGCUUGACAGCCUGUAAGACAAAGUGACUCUCCACAGAACAGAUGCAGGUUACAAAUCAGUUUCUAAAGCACUUAAUGCCUAUUGUGAGAAAGAUGGGACAACAUAAUUUAUCUUUAUAUGUAACCAGAUUAUCUACAGUCCUAGUAGAAUGAAAAUACAAAUACAAUCUAAUUUAAGCGAGGACAGCUUUUCCUGAACGCAAAAAUACAUCGGUGGUCAAACAUUUGGACGUGUGAGAAACCUGUUUCUCUGUAUGAAUGAAACUUUGAUCUGCACUCAGUUUCGAGCAGGGCCUGAAGAACAGACUACUUCCGUUUUUAUUCAAGGGGUGCGAAUCGCACUUGUAUGUAAUUUUACCCUCAAAUCUAUGCCUGAUGAGAUUAUCAUUAAGGAUAACCGUUAAGUAGUGCUCAUUUAUGAGUGUUUAUCUCACUAUGUUAACACAUGGGCCAAAACAUGACAAAUUAAGUCUUUCUUAACUUCAACCCCCCCCUACUCUGGAACUCAGUGCCCUGAAGUGCUGUUGCUUUACGGUCUUCCCGAUAUCACCGUUGCUGCCAUAAUUUCUGUUGGCCGUAGCUGGUAAUUUUUCUGAUCGGAAUCAUGGACUGAGCAAACUUUGGCUGUUACCUUUCACAUGGCAGGGCAGUGGGAAAGCAAUUUUUCUGACGGUUACAUGAGGGGAAUAAGCCCGUGUCCUCAACUUCAUCAGAACAGAGAAAGCGGAGGAAAGGUGAGCAGUGAUCAUGGAGGCUGGAUUCCACUCUGUCUUCACCACAGCUGGCCAGCUGCCUUGGUUGCUUCUGAGUCUGUUCACAUCGUGGACGGUAUUGUGCUCAGCAGAUUUAAAGCCGGCAAGAUGGCCAUUAUAUUCCCACAGGCCGGUUAUUCUUGCCUGGAAUGCUCCUACACAAGAGUGUGCCCCGCGACGCCAUGUAACAUUAUCUCUGGACCAGUUUGACAUUGUGGCAACCCCCAAUGAGGGCUUUGUCCGGCAGAACCUCACAAUUUUCUAUAAGGAACGCCUUGGGUUGUAUCCCUAUUAUGAGCGUGGUGGCACUGCAGUGAAUGGAGGCCUUCCACAGCUUGCCAGCCUCACUCAGCACUAUGAAAAGAUGCCUGAAGGCUUGCAAAAAUAUAUACGUGAGCCAGAGGCAAAAGGUUUGGCUGUUAUUGACUGGGAAGAGUGGCGCCCGCUGUGGAUCCGAAACUGGGAUGCAAAAGAUAUCUAUCGAAAUAAAUCCCGUGAAAUGGUGGCCAAAAAGAACCCGAAGUGGACCCCAGAACAAGUGGCAAAAGUUGCACAGCAGGAAUUUGAGCUGUCAGCCCGCAAAUUCAUGCUAGAGACUUUAAAACUUGCCAAGAGUUUGAGGCCCAAUCAGUUGUGGGGCUUCUACUUGUUUCCAGAUUGUUACAAUCAUGAUUACAAAAGUGACCUGAAGAACUACACAGGCCGCUGUCCUGCUGUGGAGGUGGCCCGCAAUGAUCACCUUAACUGGCUGUGGAUAGAAUGCACAGCACUCUUCCCGUCUAUAUACAUGGGAUCUAUACUAAGCUCUACAAAUUAUGGGCGCCUCUUUGUCCGAAACAGGGUAAAGGAGGCGAUGCGCCUGGCAUCUGUUGGGGAUGGAGUAGCACGUCCUGUUUUUGUUUAUACUCGCCCUACAUACAUCAAUGAGAUGACCCUCCUAACUGAGACCGACCUGGUCUCCACCAUUGGUGAGAGUGUUGCACUUGGAGCUGCAGGUGUAAUCUUCUGGGGGGACACCUCCUAUGCGAGCAGCAGUGCCACCUGUUCCACCUUAAAUGAGUAUCUUCAGGGACGGCUGGGCCAUUACCUGCUCAAUGUGUCUACAGCUGCAGAACAGUGCAGUCAGGUGGUGUGUAAAUCCCAUGGCCGCUGUCUGCGCAAAAUACCAGACAGUGACGUGUACCUGCAUCUCAACUCCUUGACGCACAGCAUCACCAGACGUGACGGCCAGUUGAAGGUUACAGGUGCGCUCAGCCAAGCCGAGGUGACUCUUUUCCGCACACACUUCCAGUGCCAAUGCUACAGUGGGUACAGGGGUGAGGCCUGUGCUCAGAAGGACAAGGGGCAGAAUAGAGCCUCUUCUGUCUUAGGGACUUGGCCCCUUUGUUUUUUACUCCCACUGGGACUCCUCACUCUGCUACACUGAGGAAACUGAGGAUUUCAAACUCUUCAUUGCUUCUGCCAGCCCUGAAAAGGACAGCUUGAAACAAAGGUGGUACAUUUCUGUUCAUUAGUGAUGUUGGUACAUUUACAGCAGCAGUCAGUCUCCCAGUAUGAUAGGAGAUAUUUGUCCCAGCACACAGACCGAUCUGACAGGAAUUUUGGGAUUUUUAAAGGAUUUUUUUGUCUGACAAGCUGCACUGACAAAGCUCAAAUCUCAGGACCACCUCCUGGAACUAAUGUCCAUCCAUCACUAUUACAACCGGUCUUUAACUUAUUUUUGAUUGUGUGAAAAACCUCUGUAAAGCCUCUGACUUCCAGAUGGGGACAUAAAGACUUCUUAAGCUGAAAGUUUUUUUUUAUGAUGGACACAGCAGUCGAACAUGAGGCUUAAGCAAAAAAGAAAAAGAAAGGAAGAAAGAAAGGAAACAAGAAAGGUACAUGUGAUUGUCAGCAACAGAACAACUUUAUGUAUUCUGCAUUUGCAUUUUGCUGCCCUUUUCAGCAUCAUAGUGUAUAUGUAGCCUCUUGAAUGAAAUAGAAAUAGUACAUUAUGCCAGAAGGCGAUAAAGUCGGACAAACUGAGUUUUUAAUAUCUUUGGCUUAUUGAAGCAACAUGGCUGGACCUGCCUGUUUCAGUUCAAAACUGUGCCUUAACUGGCCUUCGAAGUGCUCUUUUUUAUGGCUGCCGUUGUUUACAGGUUGUGAUUGUUGGGGUGUUCAUCUCAGCCCCCUGCUGGGCACAGUGCUUUAUACUGUUACUAAUUCCAUAUGCCUACAGAUUGUUUUUUAUUAAUUAACAAUGAAAAUGUAUGCAAUGUAUAAAAGGUAAAGGGUGGACAGUAUCGUUUGUUUGCAGAUUGUGUCUUCUAAUUCACAUGGAUGUUACUAUGAAAAAGUUCCAAUUUUCCUGUAACAACUUCUGGCAUCCAGGUAAUGGACCUUUUGCCAAAGUUUUACAAUUUUUUUAUAAAAAUGUGUAGAUACACAUUUACAGUUUAACUGAUCAUGGUUGAUUUUAAAUUUGUUCCACACUAUACUUGUAUUGGAACAUCUAUGGACAGAUAAAUAACAAGAAAUGUUUGCACA